AUGAACUCUUUCGUGCAGUCGGCGAGGAGCAAUCCUCAGAAUGCUCUCGUCAGAGCUUCCGCGCGAGCGGUCCAAAUCCACGGUAGAGCGCCUGCGUACCGCCGGUUACUUUCAACAGAGCUCAGUGGCAACGCUGCGCUGGCAUUUUCACGACAACCCUCCGCAUUCCGACCCACCCCACUGCGAUCGCAGUUCCUCCCUGAAGAUGUUCGCUCCAUCUCAAGCUCGAUGCAGUCGCGCUCUUUCCACCUGACGGCCCGACAGCUCCAGAAGCAGCAGACCGAAGAGCCCAAGACGCCCGAGGAUGCCGCAAAGCCCACCGAGGAGACAAAGACCAAAGAAGCUGAUUCGGAGGCAAAGGAGGAGGCCUCCGAGAAGAAGGAGGGUGAGGAGAAGACCGAGGGAAAGGAGGAAGGCCAAGAGGGAGGAUGCGCCGCCCCACCGCCCCACGGCGAUAAGACUCCUUGGGAGGUCUUCAGAGAGACGCUGCAGACCGAGUUCAGCAAGUCCAAGGAGUGGAAUGAAUCGACAAAGGCUCUCUCUGGUGAAAUUCAGGACUUCGCGGAGAGCGAGAGGGUCCGCAAGGCUCGCGAAGCCUACGAGAAGUCUUCUGGUGCCAUUUCGUCCGCAGCGACCAGUGCCGUCAAGACCACUGCUGGAGCAAUUGGCAAGGGUGCCGCCUGGACCUGGGAUACCACCGCGAUGAAGGGCGUCCGCAAGGUUGCCAAUGUUACAGGAGACGUCCUCGACAAGGCGACGAAGCCCAUCCGGGAGACCGAGGCGUACAAGAACGUUAAAGAUGUCAUCGAUGACGGCAGCAGCUCCCGCUAUGGUGGUUGGGUCGAGAAGGAGGAGCGUAGGAAGAAGCGUGAGGCUGAGGCGCUCAAAUCUGGCAAGCCUGAGGUCUUCGAGGAGGACCCCAACGCCGGCACCAACGUUACACUUCACAAGGACGCCGCCUGGAAGGAAGCGUGGAGGGACUUCAAAGACUCCAACAAGUUUGCUCAGGGUUUCUUCAGCGCCGGAAAGGUGUACCGCGAAUCCGACAACCCCCUCAUCGAGACCGCACGACUGGUCACGGACAAGAUUGGAGGCUGGUUCGCCGAGAACGAGACCGCACAGGUCAUCAAGAAGUUCCGCACAAUGGACCCCAACUUCCAGACGGAACCCUUCCUGAGGGAGCUGCGCGAGUACAUUCUGCCAGAGGUCCUCGACGCCUACGUCAAGGGUGACAUCGAGACCCUCAAGCUCUGGUUGUCCGAGGCCCAGUACUCCGUGUACGAGGCCCUGACCAAGCAGUACCUCACAGCCGGCCUGAAGUCUGACGGCAAAAUCCUUGACAUCCGCCACGUUGACAUUGUCCGCGCGCGCAUGCUCGAACCCGGUGAAAUCCCCGUCUUCGUCAUCACCUGCAGGACACAGGAGGUUCACGUCUACCGCAACGCCAAGUCUGGGGAACUUGCGGCCGGCAUGGAGGACAAGGUGCAGUUGGUGACAUACGCCAUCGGUAUCACUCGUGUGCCGGAGGACGUCAGCAACCCCGAGACGAGAGGAUGGCGUCUCAUUGAGAUGCAGAAGAGCGGAAAGGACUACUACUAA